GAAAGGUACAUUUAAACCAAGUGUGAGAGCAAAAGCGCACGGACUUACGCAGUAGAACAGCGACCACCUGAUCUCAGGAAUACUCGGACUCUAUCCUCUGUUGUUGUUUGGACAUAUUUGGACAUGUCGAACGUGCAGCUGUUGAGCAGCGCCUUGGAGCGGCUGAUGGACCGGCGGACCCUCCCUCUGCAGAAGCGCGUCUGCCGAAACCUCUUCGGCCCCGUGGACCACGACGAGCUGCACCGGGAGAUGAAGGACAAGCUCCGGGAGAUCUCCGAGCGGGACCAGGAGCGCUGGAACUUUAACUUCGAGGUGAACUCCCCGCUGGACGGGCUCUACGAGUGGGAAGAGGUGUCUGUGGAUGAGACACCGGCAUUUUAUCAGGACUCUGUCCACAGCGGCAGGACGCACGUCCCGUCUACGCCCGUGAAGAGGAGACCAGUGGAAGAGCCGCUGGUGCCUGACACUCCGCGCCUGAGCGUGAUGGAGCGUCUGUCCGCUCCUGAAAGCAGCGCUCCAUGUCCCACCGAAGUGAACCAGGAGAACCGUAAAGACAAGCUGAACUCAGGGAAGCAGGCGCACAGACUCGUCCCCGGCGUCAAACGCAAGAGGACCGUCCCCUCUGACAACACUCACAUCACCGACUUCUUCGUAAAACGCAAGAAGGUCGUGGAGAGAAAAGCUGCUGAUGUGAGCUCCUGCCACCAGUCCACAAAGUCCCCCAUCCCGCUGGAGCAGACCCCGAGGAAAAGGAUCCGCUGAAGGUGAUUUUGCACUACUGUCUGAGCAUUUGGACCUCAAGGAGCACUCUUCUUCCUGUUAAACGGUGGAGACGGGACUUCUGGAGAGCGGUGUGUGUGUGGAUGAGCAGGCCGAGCCGUGACUGCUUUCUCUGGUGAAGGGCUCCGCAGCGCAGCGCGCAUCGAGCUGGACUCAGGGCCGGGGACAUGGGAGGGACCGGUUUCACUAAAAUAGCAACAUUUUGGACUGAAUUUUGUUUUAUACUCGCCUGAAAUGUGAUUUGACCAGUUCACAACAACAAAGACUGGCUCAAAGUCGGUGCUAGAGGCAACGCGGAUGUGAGACCAUGUUUGCCGCAUUUCUAAUUUAAGCUUGUUCAUGGAAAAUGUUUUGUGAGUAUAAUAUUAAGCCUAAGUCUAAGACUCUUGUGAAACCACCCUGAUGUGAGAGGACUCUAUCCAGUACAAAUGUAGCAUUCAGCCACUCGACAGUGUUAAAUGUUUAACAUCUGUGCAAUCCUAUGACUUCUAAAUGUCUACACUGGCCAAAAGUGUACAGCUUUAUAGAGACAAUAAUGUUUAUUCUUCUCUGGUAAUCUGUAAAUGUAUAUUUUUAAACUAUUCUAACUUAUAAUUUAUUUAUGUAUCUUUGUUGAUGCCUUGUUUUAGCCAAAGGGCAUAAUUUUAUUGUUUUAUUCGUUUGUCGUGAUGUUUUGCAAUCAUGUAGCUUCAUAGUUGACACUUGAAGAUAGUUUCUUUGUGUUCUGAGCCGUUCCGUGACUUUGCAAAUGGUGAAAAUAAAAUAUUUUUUCACUUUAACAAAUGUA